GGGCAUGUGUAAAUCUUUGCCGGAAGGCAACAAGUGAGAGAGAGAGAUUCAAUUUCUAUACAACUUGUUGCAAGCAACGUCAAAAUCUUGGCUACAUAUAUGUUGGUGUAACAUAUGUGGUACGUAAAAUCAAUUCGGUUGGACUUAUUCUCACAGAAAAUUAAUGAAAAUCCAAUGGAAGGCUGAUAACGACUAAUUAGUGUAAAUAUUUAAAAAUAAUAAUGUGAAGGACUGAGAUCCCAUAAUUAACGGUGUUCAUUGAGAUUGAAUCUUUAACAUUUUCUCUUUACUCGACUUACGACUUGCGUUAAGAGUACAAGAGUAGAUUGGCCACAAACUAAAAUGAUUUUAAAAAGUAUAGUGUUUGGGGUUUUAAUUCAUGCAGUCCUAUUUGCGGAUGCAGUUUUCGAGAAUGCACCAGGGAUUGCUAUGGAUUAUAAAAUUCACAUUGAUGCAGGAAAGGAAGAUUGCUAUUAUCAAUACGUUCAUCCAGGCUCAACUUUAUACGUCGCCUUCCAAGUUUUGCGAGGUGGCGACGGUCAAGCUGGGUUCGCUGUCAGACAUCCCAAUGGAAAUAUCGUGCAUCCAUAUGCCUGGAAAGCCCAGUCAGACUACCAGGAAACUUCUUCAGCAGGUGGAUAUUAUGGCAUCUGCGUGGAUAAUCAGUUUUCUAGAUUCGCGUCUAAACUGGUCAACUUGUACCUAACUACGUUCCGAUAUGAUGAAUGGGAAAAGUAUACUCAAGAGCUGGAAGCCAUGGAUCUUCACGUUACAAAUUUUACUACGAUAAUUUCAAAUGUUGAUCAACGUGUUGGAUCAGUUUUGCAAAUGCUGCACAACACUAGAGCUCGAGAAGCUAGAGAUUUUGCCCUCUUGGAAGACAACAGCUCAUAUGUUACGUUUUGGUCGGUGCUUCAGUGUUUAAUUAUUUUUGCAACAACCGCAGUCCAGGUAUUUUUUGUGAGAAAGCUAUUCGACGGGCCAACAUCGUCCGUGAAAGGGGGGAAAGUCAGAGCAUAAAUUAUCGACUGUUUUUUAUUUAACUUUUCAAUGCGUCAACGGUUUCAUUUUAAUGCAUGACAAGAUAUGUAUAAUGUAUAUCUAAGUGAAUCUAAGUGGUGCUAAAUUAAUAUUUAGACGGAAAAUUUUAAUACGCAUUUUUAAGUUUUUCUGCUGCUUUCAAAAAACUACAAUUCUGUUCCGAUUACACACAUAUUACGUGACGUGCAUAAUAUAUAUGCGAAACUAUUUCUUCUGCAUGUAUUUUAUUUUAUUUGCUUCAGAUUAUACCACAAGUUUUACAAAAAUAAAUAUAUGUCUCAACAA